AUGCUUGAAUUUUCUGAAGAUAUAAUAAUUGGGGAAUAUGAGGGAAUUAAACUCCGCAAGGCAACGGUGAAUUACAUUGAGCCUGGGUGUAGAUGCGAAUUUGGGAGGCGCAUUGUGCGAUCGGUUACUGGAUCUCAAGCUAUUGCAUCUGAAAUGGUGGCAUUUCAGAGGGCACGGGACUUCCGGAAUAGCUAUGUUUUGCUCAGUGUUGCCGCCCUUCCGGUGGGGGAUACCACUCACUUUCUAUACGGGCACUUUCACAUGGAUCUGCAACAGUAUGUCGAGGAAAUUGGAGAAAUCUUUGAUUCUAAUGGAGUUAUGAACCUAGAGUUCCUUCUUGUCAUGAGGAAAACGUUCCAUGCAUUGCAUGGAGUACAUAUUGAAUACAACCAAAACCACAACAAUCUUAAGUGGGAUGGAAGCAGAAGGCACCCUUUAAACAUUGUGGUUCUCAAAUAUAAGGUUCAAGGAGUAACUAAUGUUGAUGUACGGUUGACGGGGCUUGGAGAUCGAGAAAAGGAUUCAAGUGAGUUCAGAACCCAAGAUUGUCAAGACUUAGCUGAUAUACUUUCUACUCUAGUUCAGAAGUAUUCGGCAGAUAAUGCUACUCUGCCCUUUUGGUUCGAGGCAUUGAUGAGGCAUCUGAGGACUGUGGGCUGUCAGAAUUUGCACAGUUCUCUCUUUUUUUAUGGAGAGGAUGUGCAAUUGCAAUAUUUACAUCAGGCCUUUUCAGAGGUGCGAAGGAGGGAGCUGCUCAAGGAGUUUGACAAAGAGAUGUUGGAUCUUAUGUGUAAAACCUCUAAGCAAGGUAGCUGGAAUCCUAAGGAACACAUCAUGAGCCAUCCAAACUUCUCCUAUAUCUUCCAACUUCAUCACGGAGCAAUACCUUACACAAGCAUCGCGUCGUGUUUCUUACAACACUGUAAUAAUAUAUACAUGGGUGACAUGGUCCCUGUCCUUCCUUGGAGCCCUUUAGAGGAGCUUUCGGUUGUUCCAUCUAGUGAAGAGUAUAAGAUGUUGCACUCAAUGUGGCCUGAGUUUUUCUAUCUCUUACCCCAGACCUUAGCCAAAUUGGACAUCUCCACGUCUGGGUUUAUAUUCAUGGGACCCAUUGGAGCAGAUGCGAUCUCCGUUCCUUAUUGA